GUAGCGCGUAGUGUCCCAGCAGCAUGAGCGGCUCCGGCGCAGCCGGUGCGGCCACCGGCCCUGCCCCACCGGCACAGGAGGAGGGCAUGACGUGGUGGUACCGCUGGCUGUGCCGCCUGGCGGGCGUGCUAGGGGCGGUGUCCUGUGCCAUCUCUGGACUCUUCAACUGUGUCACCAUCCACCCUCUGAAUAUCGCAGCUGGUGUGUGGAUGAUCAUGAAUGCCUUCAUCCUGUUGUUGUGCGAAGCGCCUUUCUGCUGCCAGUUCGUGGAGUUUGCAAAUACAGUAGCUGAGAAGGUGGACCGGCUGCGCUCCUGGCAGAAGGCGGUUUUCUACUGCGGGAUGGCCAUCGUCCCCAUCAUCAUGAGCCUGACCCUGACCACACUGCUGGGCAACGCCAUCGCCUUUGCCACUGGGGUGCUGUAUGGACUAUCUGCCCUGGGCAAAAAGGGUGAUGCCAUUUCUUAUGCUCGGAUCCAGCAGCAGAGGCAGCAGGCAGAUGAGGAGAAGCUGGCUGAAACUUUGGAGGGAGAGCUGUGAGAUGAGGCAGGGCAUCCUACCCUCAUUGGGGUCUGUGUGAAGUCUGGAGAAGGCUGAGUGUCAACUGUUAAAUGGCCUGGAGAGGAGUCCCGCAAGUCACCUUGCCUCAAGUCUUCCUGUGCCUAUCCUGUUCUCUGGACUUACUGAGCCUGGAGCUUCUGCUCUACUGAUACCGAAGACCUGGGCCAUAGAAAAUGGACGGGACAAACUCAUUCCUGUCAGUCUGUGGUGCAGAUUCCUGUGCUAAUUACCCAUCCCAGACCUAAGAGCAGCCACUCGUGAACACACUGGUCCUCAGUUGGUUAAGAGGCUGAGCACCCAGGCUCCGGCCCCUUCAGGCUUCAUCCUUUUAGGUCCGAGCUUGCUGGCAGGCGAGGCUUCAGUUCUGCACCAUGCAGAGUACAGCAGUGUCCCUGAGGCCAGCUACUGCUGCCAGGAGCGGGAGAGAUGGCUGGGCUUUGAGAAUCUACAGCACGCCCAGGAUGCAGCUUCCUGGACAGAAGAGCAGCCUUGGACAAGCUAUUUCAGGACAUCUCGCUGUUCCAUCUCCCAUAGGUUCUGCCUCUCUCCCAGUGUGUUUGUGUGUAUGGUGUGUUAGGGGUGUGUGCUCCUGCCAGCCUGCAGUGAGAACCUCUUUGUCAGUGAUGGCAGGCUCACUAUAAGUAGGGAUUGACCUCAGGUAUUCCUCCCAACCUGCCCCUGGCAUCCUAUAGCCUUUGAAGAGCUGGGCAGGGACUAGAGCCACCUUUCACACAGAGCUGGCCCUGUCUCAGGUACCAGGCCACAACAAGUAAGCUGCAUGGCUAGGGUAUGGAGAGCUACUACCCUGGAACUGGCCCUCCUGGACAUACCCUGGCUAUCCCCCAUCCUUCCUCUGUACUGCUAUCUUUUCCUACUGUCCUGUGAUAUUGAUUGGCACUAAUGGCUGAUUGGAUGGGACCUUAGCCAUUAGGCACAUGUUUAGUGGCCUAAGGAUAAUGUGAGAAAUGAUAAGUCCUGCCUCCCUCCUGUGCGAGACCUUCAGCUGGGCCUGCUCCAUGGGACCCAGGCCCAGAGCUGUCAAGCUUCUAAGGGAUCUUUAGCUCACCAAUGUUUGGUGUCAGGAGUAGUGGGUAUUCUGUUGGGAUAGAGGCUCUUUGAUCUGUGGGCUCUGGGGAAAGAAGCAGUUUUCCAGAGACCCUAACUAUGCUGAACCCCAGAGUAGUAGAGAUGUCACAGUGUAGCUAGUUUGGUGGGACAAGUGUCUUCAGGGUUCAUCUGAGGCUAUUUUUCUCAAGCCUGGAAUGGGCUUCAAGGGCUCUGUGUAUAUAUGUUUAUGUGUGCCAGGGCCUGUGUUCACAAUAAGACCUGUCUACCUCCCAGGAGGAGCAAAGGCCCUACUUGCCCUUCUGGUUACUUAUUUAGGCAUAAGAUUUGGGUCACUUCUGCCCCUAGCAGUGAAGCUCACUAGCUACAUCUGUAGUAAGAUUGUACCCCACUAGGGAAACCCAUUUUGUACUGGACAGGCAUGGGAUGGGGUGUAAAGGUCAAGGCCCUCAGGCAUAGACCACAGUGGGACAGUCCCUUACAUCCUGUGGAUCCUAGAAGCACAGUGGGUCUGGAACCCAUUGCCUUGCCUCUGAGCAUGGGCACUGUGUAGCUCGCACUAGGCCCCAUUCUUGCCUGUCUGGCUGUUUUCUGUGGCUCCUUCUGCCAUUCACCCCCUGGUUUGUUUGUUACUUAGCUUACAUUUGGAGUAAAGCAAGCCUGUAGUUGGAAUGCACAGUC